AGCAUGUAACGUUAGUAUGUAUUAAAUCACUAAAUGUUAUCUAAUUUUGGUAAAAAUUCAUUUCGUCUUUUAACCGUUGCUACGAAAAAAAUUGGUUAUAUGGGUAGUGCAACUUGUGAUUGGCUGAAAUAAUUCAAGAAAUAUGUCUGAUUUUGUCAAAACGCGGGAUUUGAUGAGGUUAGUUAAUGAAAAACAAAAUUUUCAUCGUACAAAUGUUCCUUGUUUGAAAGAAUUUUGCAUAUCUUACUAACAUGUCACAUAAUACCUUAAAAUCUACGGGGCAUGGUUUUUGUGAUGCUAUUUUCUCAAGUUCACCUAUUAAUUUUAACAAAGAAAACACUAAUUUUCUUAAUAAAAGAGAAGACAGAUGUUCUGACAUACUUGAUACAUCUCAUAAGGGUAUUCAAAAUCAAAAUGAAAGUAAAUGUUCAAACCAUGAAAAACGUCAAAUGUUAUUUGAUGAUGUCAUAAUGGAGAAUUCAAAAUUGACAAGUACACCUUAUGGUGUAAGUUUGAAUCAUUCAAAAUCUAUGAAUGUACUUCGUAAAAAGCAAGUUUUAUUUACUGAAGAAGUAAUACCUGAUGAAAAGUGUAAAACUUCAACAAAAACUACAUCUACUUCUAUCUUACAUGAGAAAACUUCAAACAUGAAUUUUAAUACUCCUAAGCAAUACAAAACACGUACUGCUACAAGCAGUACAAGAAUGAAUAUCUUGCCUUCGCAUAGAACACCUAUAAAACGUUAUUUUAAUGACAAUAUUUUGUCUGAAGCUACUCCUGACUGCUUUAGUGUUGUACAAGUAGAAAUACCAAGUAGUAAAUCAAAUGAGCUUGGUGUAGAAGAUCAAACAGUCUAUGAAGGAGAAAGCAGUAAUUUAACUGUAGGAAUACGUGUUAGACCCUUAAAUUCAAAAGAACUGAGUGAUUCAAAAGUUACAUCAAUUAUACAAGUAAAUGGUCAAAAUAUUACUGUCACUUGUGAAUCUAUUCAACAUACUUUCAUGUAUGAUCAUUGUUUUGUAUCAUAUGCAGAUUCAAGUGAAUCUGGUCAUGCCAGUCAAGAAACUGUAUUCAAAAAUAUGGUUCUACCAUUAGUACAAAAUGCUUUUGAAGGGUAUAACGUUUGUUUGUUUGCUUAUGGACAAACAGGCUCUGGUAAAAGUUAUAGUAUGAUGGGUCAAGAAUCUUUACAAAUAAAUACAGUGCCAUUAGACGACGAAAUUGGUAUUAUUCCAAGAUUUUGUCAAGAUAUAUUUACAAGAAUAUCUGCCAGUGUAAAUAAUAAAAUUACAGUAGAAAUUAGUUAUUUUGAAAUUUAUAACGAGAAGAUACAUGAUCUUUUAACCACUGUUAACAAUGGAGUAAAAAGUGCUCCUCUUAAAGUGAGAGAACACCCUGUUUUCGGUCCAUAUAUUGUUGAUUUAAGUCAGCACUGUGUACAAAACUAUAAAGAUUUGCAGACUUGGCUUAAAGUGGGCAAUUCACAAAGAGCUACAGCUGCAACUGGAAUGAAUGAAAAAAGUUCAAGAUCUCAUAGUAUAUUUAGUAUUAUAUUAACACAGACACAAAUAAAUAGUCAAUUGAAUAAUGAAUCUGUAGAUGCUAGCCGUCGUAGUAAAAUCAAUUUAGUUGAUCUGGCCGGUAGUGAAAGAUUAAGUCAGACUUGUGCGAGUGGAGAUAGAUUAAAGGAAGGUGUGUCAAUUAAUAAAUCAUUGCUCACAUUAGGAAAAGUAAUCGCAUCCCUUGCUGAAAAUACAAAUAAUCGCAAACGAGGAUUUGUUCCGUAUCGUGAAUCUGUUCUUACAUGGCUGCUAAAGGAAAGUCUUGGAGGGAACUCAAAAACGGCGAUGCUUGGAACUGUAUCACCGGCUAACAUUCACAUCGAAGAAACACUUGCAACACUUCGUUAUGCGUGUCAAGCCAGAGCCAUUGUUAAUCGAGUUCGAAUUAACGAAGAUCCUCAUGAAAGAUUAAUUCGUGAACUGAAAGCAGAGGUGUUGAGAUUACGGGGUGUUCGCGAGGGAUACGAAAAGCAACUUGGUGUUUUGCCUCGUCGGCUCUUUGAAACGACCGCUCAAAAUGACGAUGAAGUUAAGCAGAAACAAGAUGAGAUUGAUAAAUUGAAAAAUCAGUUGAAGAAAACCGAGGAACAACUUGCGACCUCUCAAAUGGUAUGGCAAACAAAAUUACGGGAUGCUGAGGAAAAAAAGAUUUCUGAAUUAAAGUAUUUACGUCAAUGUGGUAUUGCUAUUGAGAUUGAUUUUCACGAGAAGGAUAAGCAACCUUGUCUUAUAAAUCUCGCGGCCGAUCCUAUGUUAUCCGGUACACUUUUGUAUCUGAUUCCUCCAGGAUUGGUUCGUAUCGGAAAGAAUUUUGGGAAUCAAAGUUCUUCCAAAAAUUUGGACAUCAUGUUGGAUGGACCACUGGUUAGGCCUUUGCACUGCACCAUUGAAAACAAUAAUGGGAAACUUACGUUGUCGUCAGAAAUGGAAGGGGACACGUACGUCAAUGGACAGGUCGUAACUGGUAAAGUUGUCCUAAAGCAUGGCGAUCGAUUAGUAAUCGGCGGCAAUCAUUAUUUCAAAGUAUUAAAUCCGCACGAUAACUUUAACAAUACUCAAAUUUCUACGCAAGCAGUAGAUUACGAAUUUGCUCAUCAGGAAAUUCUUAAAGUGCAAGAGGAGAAACUGAGAGCAGAAUUGGAAGAGAGUAAACAGAAAGCGAUAAAAGAAUUAGAAAAUGCUAAACGAGAAGCUGAGAUGCAAUUGGGAUCUCAAAGAUUAUCGUAUGAACGUAAAAUCGAGAUUCUUGGUUCGACGGUUGAGGAGCAAAAGAUAGCAUUGGAACAAAUUUAUGAAAGGAAAAAGGAACUGGAAUUGGAAAAGGAAUUACUUGCGACCGAAGUUGAAACGAAUAAUAGAUUAAAACAAUUGCAAGUAGAACCAAAGAAAGAUUCUGUUGCACCGUAUAAAACAACAUUUUUACAAGAAUUGGAAAGCAUUUUAAAUGAGAAAGCAGCAGAUGCUGAAUUUGCUCUCAAAAUGAAAGCAAGUACAGAAGCAAUAAAUUACGGUGGUAUUAGUUUGCAUGAAACGCAAUUAUUGGUAAAGGAAGCUACCGAACGGUGUAGAGAAGUUGGUUUUAAUUACGAAUUUGAUCAACAACAAAUAAUUGUAAAUAAAAGUCUAAAACCAGUAAUUCGUAUACGAAAUAGAGACUGUAUGAAAGAAACACUCUGGGAGCCAAUGCGAUUUUUAGAGUGGAUUCACCGCUUACGGGAUUACGAUAUAGAAGAUUCAGUGAAAGAAUUACAUACAACAGAUGAAAUUUGGGAACCGUACGAAAAUACGGAAACUUUCGAAGACUCCUUGAAUAGUAGUCGAAUUUCAAUAAACAUGACACCGGUAAAGAAACAUUUAAACGAGAGUCUGCAACAACUUUCAUUGGAUACGUCUGUAUUUGAAAAUCCGUGUGCUGGUCAAACCUUUCAUUCCUGUAAAGAACAGGAAAUUAUAAAUACUUGUCUCGUGCAAAUGGAACUGGCAACAAAAACUUUACGCAAAUUGUGUGAUGGAAAUGACGGAGUUCAGUUAGUCAUAGAAUCGCUUAAUAAUAUGCAAAUUAUUAUCAAUAAUUUGCGCGAGGUUCUAGAAGCGAGAAACUUAAACGAAGAUACAGCUGAAAUCGUAAACUCUACUCGGAAUUGUAGUACAGCUGAAAAAUCCGAUAACGUACUUUCCGAAAAUUGCAAUAGUAAAUCUAAUACGCCAACAAAAUCUAUAACUUCUGAUAAAAUUGUUCACAAAAGCGUGAGAUUUACAGACAAAUCAAAACAAGAUCUGACUUAGUAAAAGAAAAAUUAUUUAUGGAUGAAUGUUAAAAAAAGAUGUUAGAUAACAAAUGGUUGUAUAUAUUAACUAUAUAACCAAACACUGUUAAAUGAAACAAAGAAGUACGUUUAACUGUA